AAGGUCCAGCUAAUCAAUGCAGCCAAAGAGACCGAAAGGCGGGACUUAAAGAUGUACAGCGAAUCCUGAGACGAGCCAAUCAUUUGAUUGACGGGACCAUUUUUAACUGUUGAAGUCCUGCCGGAGGUACUUAGCGCGAGAGGAUAACAGCGAAAAUUGGUGUACGCCAUUUUCUUCGAGUAUUACGGUCAGCCAUGUCACUUCGGACCUCUUCCUUCCCCAUCCCAGAAACCCGAUUUUUCAAAGCUGGAAAUUUCAUCUUCAGGUUCAAAAUCCGAGGAGGUACCAGCUACAGCAGAGAGAAAACUAAUGAGAAAGAUGAGGAUUUCAAUCAAGAAAUGGAGGAUAUUAUCAGGACUGUUAUUGGCAACCUGGACAAUCUCCAGCCCUUCUGUACCAAUCAUUACACAAUUUUUCCCUAUAAAAAGUGUCGGGAAGUCAGUAAAAAUAAUCUGCAAGUUUUCCCGCAUACAAUAAUCCUUUAUGUGGAAAAAAAUAUGGAGAAAGAAAAGCCAUCAGAGAAGAGAAAAAAGGAAACGCAGCAUGUCUGCUCCGUUUCUGAUGAGCCUCGGUCAAAGCGCUGUCGGAGAGACUCGCCACUAGAGGAGGCCAUACUCCAGGAUUUAAUUCAGGACAUGGCAGCAGAACACAGUGUGACUGGAAAAGUGGACGCAGGCCGUCAGCAUGAAGGAGAAAAGGUGGAUCCUGUAUUUGAGGAGCACACAAAGACGCAGGACCCAGGACAGCAGGAGGUGACACCAGUGAGGCCAGGGAUUCUCAAAAGGAUGGCCAGGUUGGAGCAACAGCACAAUGAACAAUGCCGUAACCAAAUGGUAUUUUGCACACGUGUUAAAAAAGUAAAAAGUGAACACAGCAAGGUAACACUCAGACCAGUGGAGAUGGUACAGUAGUUAUGUCUAAUUUGUGAAUUUGAUUGACUUUUACACCCUCGGGAGAAGCUAGCUGAUUGUACAGUGGAUGUGCAAGCAAGACGUUGUCAGAGACUACAGAGUGUUGGGGAAAUCCACCUAUUAUAUGCACAGACAUUUCAAUAUUUCUUUGACAUAUCUGCAGAGACAGAUGCCUAAUGUCCUCAGGCACAUGAAGGAUUGACAGGACCAUGUUUGGCAUGAGUCUGCAGUUCA